CGGCGGGCUGGGUGCCGGGCCCGGCUCCGGGCUUCUUCUCCGUCAGCCCCGGGCAGCGGUGGAGCCCGGGGCGGAAGCAACCACCGCCGCCGCCGGCCUAUGGAGAAGCCGGGGCGCUGCUCGCCACCGGGGGGCGGCCCGCGGGGGCCGGUGCUGCACAUCGUCGUGGUCGGCUUCCACCACAAGAAGGGCUGCCAGGUUGAAUUUUCCUAUCCUCCCCUAAUCCCAGGAGAAGGACACGAUAGCCACAGUUUACCCGAAGAAUGGAAAUACUUGCCUUUCCUUGCUUUGCCAGAUGGAGCUCACAACUAUCAAGAAGAUACUGUCUUUUUCCACUUGCCACCAAGAUCUGAAGAGCAAACUACAGUAUAUGGCGUCUCUUGCUAUAGGCAGAUUGAAGCCAAGGCAUUGAAAGUACGGCAAGCAGAUAUCACACGCGAAACAGUACAAAAAAGUGUCUGUGUUCUAAGUCAGUUGCCCUUAUAUGGAUUACUCCAAGCAAAGCUACAGCUCAUUACACAUGCCUAUUUUGAAGAGAAAGACUUCUCUCAAAUCACAAUUCUUAAGGAACUUUAUGAGCAUAUGAAUAGCUCUUUGGGGGGAACUACACUAGAGGGAUCACAAGUUUAUCUUGGUCUGUCUCCUCGAGAUCUUGUCCUUCAGUUUAGACAUAAGGUCUUAAUCCUUUUUAAACUGAUUCUUCUAGAAAAAAAGGUAUUGUUUUAUAUCUCUCCAGUAAACAGACUGGUGGGGGCGCUAAUGACAGUCUUAUCACUCUUUCCUGGUAUGAUUGAACAUGGUCUUACUGAUUGCUCACAGUACAGACCAAGAAAGAGUAUAUCAGAGGAUCCUUGCUUGCAAGAAUUUACCACCCCUGUAGAUGAUUGUAUUUCUGUGCCUGCUGCUGAUGUUUCAAAUACAAACUCAGGACCAGCAGGGGAAGGCAGUAAGCUGACAGGAAACCAGAUACUGGAGAAUCAGAAAGGAAAUGGGUCCUUUUCCCAGUCUGAAAAGAAAUGCAAUGGGGCACAGUCCUCAAAUGGUACUGGACAGUUUUUGAAACCUCCUAUGCGCACCUCUCCAGAGUCUUCUGAAAGUGAUUGGGAAACCUUAGAUCCUAGUAUUUUGGAAGACCAUAAUAUGAAAGAACGAGAACAUGAAAACAUGGUCGUGGAACAGACUGAGAUCUUUUCAAAGGAAUUGGCAACCUCAGAAAACCUUCCUAUUACUGUGCAGCCCCAGGCUAAUACAGGACAUGCAGUUCUUGUUCCAGGUUUGAUAUCUGGGUUAGAGGAGGACCAGUAUGGCAUGCCAUUGGCCAUCUUUACCAAGGGAUACCUUUGUUUGCCGUACAUGGCAUUGCAACAACAUCAUCUCCUGUCCGAUGUAACGAUCCGUGGCUUUGUUGCGGGAGCAACCAACAUCUUGUUUCGUCAGCAAAAGCAUCUAAGUGAUGCAAUUGUGGAAAUAGAGGAAGCCCAUGUCCAAAUUCAUGAUCCAGAACUUCGGAAGAUCUUGAAUCCCACUACUGCUGACCUGAGAUUUGCAGACUACUUGGUGAAGCAUGUAACUGAGAACAGGGAUGACGUUUUCCUUGAUGGCACUGGCUGGGAAGGAGGAGAUGAGUGGAUCAGGGCUCAGUUUAAUGCGUAUCUUCAUGCACUACUUGCUAGUGUGCUGCAACCAGACAAUGAAAAGAUGCUGUCAGACUUUGGAACAGCCUUUGUAACAGCUUGGAAAAAUACACAUAAUUACAGAGUAUGGAAUAGCAACAAGCAUCCAGCUCUUGCAGAGGUCAAUUCUAGCCAUCCAUUCCAGGGCCAAUAUUCUGUCUCAGACGUAAAGUUAAGGUUAUCACACUCUGUCCAGAAUAGCGAACGUGGCAAAAAAAUUGGAAAUGUCAUGGCCACCACUAGCCGGAAUGUUGUACAGACGGGAAAAGCUGUAGGUCAGUCAGUUGGAGGAGCCUUCACCAGUGCAAAAUCAGCCAUGUCCUCGUGGCUUUCCACUUUUACUCAGUCAACGCAAGGCCUCGGGGACUGAAUAUAGCACAUGAAUGAAUAGUGGCUUUACACUGUGCUUCUCAGUAUUUCAGUUGUACUGGUCUUUCUCAGCUAUACAAAGACUGUAGUAAAGUGUAGGUAUGGAGACUUAGCUGUGGAGGACCAAAUUGUUGUUGUUUGUUGCAUACAGAGAAAACUGAAAUGUUACUCUUCAGUGUCACUGUAAGUUUGAGUUUCUCCCCCAAUAUUGGGAGGAUAAAAGUGGCAUAUAAAGCUCUAUUGCAGUACAUCAGUUAGUUAUUUUAAAAUGAGUCCUUUUCUUUAAAUCUGAGCCUUCAUAAAGACACUAACAAAUAAACAAGGCUUGAUGCAAGCCAGAAUAUAGGUUUGAAUUCAAACGUGUACAUUUUCUUGAAUAGUGAAGAAGUUUAUGUAAAUUAGCUGUAUUUUACAAUUCAGAUAGCCAGAUAGUUCCUAUAAUAUUUGUUAGAACUGAAGUGUAACAAUACUGAUUCAUACAUUUGGAUCUAAGGGCGUGUGUAUAAAAUUAGCAACACAGGCCAGGCUGAGCCCUUCUUGCUGUCAGUUUUAAAUGAAAUCCAGCACUGUUGCUGAUUGAGGCUGCUUGAUGUGAUUUAUACCCCAUCAUCAAAUAUGUGUGUUCAUCUCUAUUUAGCUUUCUUUUCUAUCCCCACAAACCUUUGUGACAUUUGCAAAGUCAGUUUCUUGUUGUUAUUUGUAUUCCAGUGGUCAGAAUAUUAACUAGUUGAAAUGGUGAAUGUUUCCACCAAACUUGUCACAGGACUUGAGCAGAAAUUCCAGUUAAAGAGAUUUCUUUAGGGAAAUGCAUAACAGAAUAGACUCUACAAAAAUAUGAAUUCAAACACUGGACAAAUAUAGCAGGUCAAAUAGAGCAGAAUUAUAAACAGUUACAUGCAAGUGAAUACAAGACUGCUACUAAAUAAGGACAGUAGUUUAAACUUAACAUUUUGUUGCCAGGAAGAUCAUGAAAGACUUUUGAGUAAAAAUUGUCCAGAUGUGGUUAAGGCUUUCAUUUUUUUUCUUUAUCUACUCAGGGAAUAUCCUUUUCAUAGGUAAGGACUCUUUUCAUUUUGAAAGCAAAACUGCUAUUGUAGAAAUCUGAAGGUGAGCCAUAAAAAAA